ACGGCGUGCAGCUUCCGGCGACGCACCACCAGCGCGUGCACGCCAACGGGACGCUGACGAUCGCUGCGGUCACGCGGGCGGGUGACGAAGGCAGCUACUCCUGCACGGCGCUCGACAAGCAAGGCCGCUCUGACCAGCAGACGCUCCAUAUUCAAGUCAAAGUUCCCCCGAGGCUGGCGCACAUCUACUUCGUUGGGGAGAACAGCGCUGGAUUGCGGACCCAGGCCGCGUGUCUCGUGCUGGGGGGCGACACGCCCAUCACCCUCACCUGGUUCAAAGACGGCACCCAACUCGAGCAAACUUCCAACGUGGUCAUCACGCACGUUAAUGAGUUCACUUCACUUCUUGCCAUCGAGAAAACCAGCGGCGAAGACUCUGGCAACUACUCAUGCACAGCCUCGAACUCGGCUAUGUCGACCACUGUUUCAGCGCAGCUGACAGUCAGUGUGCCGCCCGAGUGGGUGCAGGAGCCUGAGGACGCGAGUGUUGCGCUGGGCGCGGCGCUGGAGCUGCCCUGCAGCGCCAAGGCUUUCCCCAGACCAUCAGUGAGCUGGCGACAACAGACACCCUCGGGUGGCUGGGGCGCCAUCAGCCAAAAGUACGGCGACCAGGACAAGCAGGAGGCCCCCUACGCCGUGACCACGGGAGACGACAGCCAGCGGCCAUAUUCAGGUCCAUAUCAGAGUGAAGGCAGAAGUGUACUGACGAUCGUCCGAGCGACCAGAAAGCACGAAGGCCGCUACCUUUGCCAAGCCUCCAACAAUGUCGGCAACGAACUUGCCAAGCUCGUCACCAUCACAGUCCUCGAGCCCCCCUGGUUCCCGGAGGGGGGGCGGGUGACGGUGGAGGUGGAGGCGGGGGUGGCCGCGACGCUCGAGUGCAGGGCGCGGGGCGACGCGCCGCUCACCGUUGUCUGGAGCUACCGCGGUGACGCCAUCGUGCCGUCCGAUAAGUACAAAGUGCAGUCUGUUCGUGAGGAGCUUGAGGAAGUUUCUCUUUUGACCGUCAAUGCUGCGUCUUCAGACGACAGCGGCUCGUACCAAUGCCAAGCAUCAAAUGUGCACGGCAUGAACACCUACACCGUUACACUCAGUGUGCAGGAUGUGCCGUCUCCUCCAACUGAAGUGAGUUUAACGGAAAUUGGGUCUCGCCACGUUAGUGUCAACUGGUCAACCACGGCGUCCAUCGCAGGCACUCUUACCAAUUACAUCGUGACCUACGCAUCUGACUCCAACGUGGCCGGGGAGGUGCGAGUGGCGAUGCCUCCUGCGCGCGUGGACGGGCUGGUGCCGGCGACGGGCUACUUGCUGCGGGUGGCGGCCGAGAACAGAGUUGGCCGCAGCGAGCCUUCCGCCGGUGUAAGGGUUGUCACCCUUGAAGAGCCGCCGUCGGGGCCUCCACUUAAUCUUAAAGUUUCAGGAAGAACAUCUACCAGCAUAAGUCUACGUUGGGACCCCCCACAACGCAACCUCAGCCACGGGGUCAUAUUGGGCUACCACCUCGGCUCCAAGGAGAACGGAUUUAUUAACGGAGCUGACGUGAGGCCGUACAAUUUCACCAUCGUUGCCCUACCUGGACCAAGUCAAUCGUAUCAAGAGCUUUCCAUUAUGGCAACUCCGGGCCUCAGUCCACCCCCCGCCUCUCCUGAGAUCGAUCCCACCAAUUUGUUGUUGUCUAGCACCAUGACUCUGGCGCCCACGGUUGUCGGCAGUGUAGUGGAAGUUACCCUGGCAGGACUGCGUCCCUACACUCGGUACGCGUUGGUACUUCGAGCUUUCAAUUCCAAAGGAGCAGGACCUUCGUCGGCUGCGGUCACGACGAGAACUUUGGAGGACC